AUGAGACAAGAGUAUGGCAGGUGGUGUCUUUGUAUGAAAACAGUGUUUAGAUCACUGGAGUUGUGGGAUCUUAUGGAGAAGGGGGUGGCCAAGUCCAAGGAUGAAGCGUUGGAGAGGGAAAACAAGAAGCGUGACGUUAAGGCUCUUUGCCUAAUCCAGCAGGCGGUGGACGGCCCAAACUUGGAUCUCAUGGCAAAAGCAAAGUCUGUUCACGAAGCGUGGAAGGCUCUUAGGCAAGGUUUCAAGAUGCUACAAAUGGGGGAUGAUGAAGGGGUCCAUGAGUACAUCUCUCAAGUCAUCACCAUUGUCAACCAAAUAUGGGCACUUGGUCACAUGCUCGAAGAAGCUGAGGUUGUGUCCAAGGUUCUUUGGAACUUGGCUCUGAAGUUCGACUUUGUUGCUGUUGCGAUUGAAAACGCCAAGGAGAUAUCAAAAUUCACUCUUGAUGAUCUCAGUGGGACUCUGCAAGCUCAUGACGUAAGGAUGAACUGUACCUUAGUAAAGCUUGGCGAGAAGGCUCUUCAUGUGAAGACUGAGUUCAUCAGCACAUGUCAUAGCAAAGGAGGAAGCUCAGGAAGCUCCUGGGGUAAUGGCAAAGGUCGUGGGAGGUCUUUCACUCAUGGAAGAGGAAGAAGCAGUGGUGGCUAA